AUCUGGAGGUUUUUUUCCCCCUCAAGUUGUUUUUUGCAGAGAGCAGCUUUGCAGAGAAUCACAGAAGAACCUCGCUCUUGUUUGUUUUCUCUCUUGUUGUUUUUAACCCUGCGUUUCUUUAAAUUGUACACCUUUUUUCUCAAACUCAACAGUGGAUUUAAACCUGAGCGCAGCUUCAUUAUGCCACUUGCUUUCCGAAUAAACAGCUUUUGUGGCAAUUUUUCUUUAGAAUACCCUGGUCUUUCUGUCACCCACGGUGAUUUAAGCCCUGGACUGACCCAGUUUUAGUGUUUUAGCCUCCAUGUGUUAACGCGAGCUGUCAGUGGAGAUGUUUUCAUCAGGAGAAGAGCUUAAUUCCCAUUUGUUUACCUCACUGAAGGAGUCCCCUGGAGCUGCAAUCUCCCCAACACUGGAGCUCAGUCUAACUACCAUUUAUACUGUCCUCUACUCCCUCCUGUUUGUUUUCGUCUACCUGCAGCUGUGGCUCAUUUUGCACUACGGACACAAGCGCUUCAGCUUCCAGAGCGUGUUUUUGUUUCUGUGUUUGCUGUGGGCAGCGCUGAGGACCACCCUCUUCUCUUUCUACUUUAAAAAUGUGGUGCAGGCCAACCAGCUGCAGCCUCUGGCCUACUGGCUGCUCUACUGCUGCCCUGUCUGCCUGCAGUUCUUCACCCUCUGCCUGCUCAAUCUCUACUUCACACAGGUGAUGUUUAAGGCUAAAGCCAAGUAUUCCCCAGAGCUUACCAAAUACAAGAUUCCUCUACGUUUGUUCUUCCUGUGUCUCAGUGUGUGUUUCCUCGUGGUGAACCUAACAUGUGCACUGUUGGUGCAAGAAGCUAUGGAGCACUCCGAAUCACCAAGUGAUGGGGGUAUCAGACACGCGGUCUUGGCCCGCGUCCUGAUCAACGACAGUCUGUUUGUCUUGUGCGCCGUGUCUCUGGCCGUCUGCGUCUUCAAGAUUGCCAAGAUGUCAUCUGCCAAUGUUUAUCUUGAAUCUAAGGGAACGUCAGUGUGCCAGGCCACAGCCAUAGGAGCCGUGGUGAUUCUCCUCUACACGUCCAGAGCCUGCUACAACCUGGUGGUGGUGGCUCUGUCCCCGCAGGACAGACCCAGUCCCUUUAACUGUGGCUGGUACAGUGUUUCUGAUCAGGCUGAUGUGCAGGAGAUCAGUGGUGAAGCCUACAUCGUGUUUGGGAUCAUUUUGUUCUUCUGGGAGCUGCUACCAACCAGCUUAGUGGUGGUUUUCUUCAGAGUCCAGCGGCCCAACCAAAACCUGGCUCCAGGAGGGAUGAUCAACAGCCACAGUUUCAGCUCCAGAGCGUACUUCUUUGACAACCCUCGGCGCUAUGAUAGUGACGAUGAUCUGUCCAGAAGCAUCAACAGUAGGGCUGAUCGGGCCAGCCUCCUCUCCACCACUCCCCAGCUGGGUGCAUCUACUUGGUACGGCUCCAUCCAGUGUAACGGGACUCUAACAGCGGGCACCGCGUCCGCUCAGGAACCGCCAUCUUCCACCGCCCCUGUCCUCUUUGCCUAUGGCAACAUCCAGCGUCACCAUCACCAUCACAACUACUACUCCACCCCACAGAACAAUAACUACCACCACCAUCACCAUCAUCACAGUAACUACUAUUCCACAUCACAAAAUUAUUACUGCGGAUCACAAACGUAUUUCUGCACCCCACAGAAUUAAGCGUCCAAAAGACUAUAGCAUGAUCACCUGCAUUUGCAUUCUUUGUUUUGCUUCCCCGUCAACAUAAAAGCAGGUGUGCUAUAAAGUGCUAAUCUGGAAAAUCCCUGAGUUGGGCAUACGUAUACUGUACUGGAAAUAAGUUUGCCAAUUUAUUUUUGGAGAAAAGUGGUGGAAUCAGCAGCAACUGGGAAGUUGUUGUUCCAUGACUAAGUGCUGUGUGAAGACUUCACUGUCUGCUGAAAGCAGUAAAGUACUGCCCAUGGAUAAAAGAAUUAGCAUGAAUAUGACAAAGACCAAACUCUCAAUCAUCAGGUACAAGAUCAUCAUAGCAACUGUAGGUGUUCAUAAGUGGCUUAUGUUUCUGUUGUCAGUCGGUACAAAUAUAGAUAUUAGUGGUUCUGGGCUACUUUUACUGGUAGGCCUAUGCUGGGGCUGGUGUUUUUGUCCAAGGGUCAUCUACAAAUGAAGAUGAAGGAGACCAAGGGUAGUAGACAUAUCAAUGGGGACUAGAAUACAAUGCUGAGUAACAUUAAUUAGUUUUGUUUCCUCCUUGUAGAACCACCACUGCACAGGAAGUUGUCAUUUUUAAAUGAGCCUAUACAAAUCAUUUUGGUGGCAGUAAAGGAUGUAGGGCCCUACCUUGAUCCUGAUAUUAAAAGAUGUUUUUGUGGUUUAAUUUCACUUUAAAGUCUGAAAACAUUAAGACAAGAAUUAGCUUUUGCUAAUUUGCCACUGGCUGUCUGUAAAAACAACAAAACCAUCAAAUACAGACCCUUCCAUCACAGACUUUCUGAUAUUAUAUUGUUAUUAGCAAAUUAUUGUUUCCAAAACUGUGAUUGAUGUCCGUUCCACACAUAGAGAAAGUCGUACGAACGCUGUUUGCAAGCUUCAAACUUUAGUCUGCUUGCCCUGUCUUUCUUUACUCGUGGAUUCUUGUACAGGUUGACAUGUACAAUAAGCUUUAGUGCAGUUUUCAGGACUGAUAGCAAUCAAAAUACUGGUCAGUUUAAUAUAGUGUUAUGUUAUCAAAUUUCAUUCUUGCUGCCGUAAAACAUGUAAUGUAGCUGUCAUAUGAUGCACAAACCUGGCCCAACAUCCCACUGCUGUUGGAUUUAAAUAUAUAAGAUGCCAAUUUUUUACACAUACUGCAAUUAUACUAUAUAAACAAAGUAAAAUAUGUGAAAGCA